AUGGCGUCUUACAAAUCAUGCGUCUUCACUCUUUUCUUCGUUGGUAUUUUACUGAAGAGAAUCCGUAGCAAAGAAUACAUCCUUUCUAAACUAAACCAAUGUACACGUGUGCCUGAUGAACCUCCAUGUAACAUUUCAUUUAACCACUUCGUGCCUGACUACGCCUCACAACGCUAUGAAAUUAUGAUGGAAACUAUAUACAGAAAAUCCAAAGAUAUAAUGCGCUUGGAUAGUCGACCGCAGUGCGUUAACAGUUACAAAGACUACCUCUGCGCACAACUUUUCCCGAGAUGCAGUAAACAUCAAAACCCAAGGUUUGAAAAUCUGGAAAUGCAGAGGUGGGUUGUUCACGAUCCUGAUAUUAAAAUGAAGUGUUGGAAGAUAUUUGCCGCAUGUAACUCGCGCGUCGCAAGCCGCUUCAUGAGUAGCGAUUAUUUUCUCUGUGACCAUCUUACAUACACACCUCUUGGCUGGGAGAGUGAUCGAUGUGUUCCGUACGAUUUAGACACGAGAUGUGAUGAACAACAGUAUGGAAAGGUAGGAAUUACUGUGAUUUAGUUACGUAUUAUAUACAACCUCACAUUCUGUUGUGGGGUAUUUGUCAAUGGCUGCGUGAAAAGCAAGUGUUAAAGCCGCUUUUCUUCUGAUUAAAAUGUGCACAAGAAUUACGAAUGACGAGAUUGAACUUCGAUUUAGUGUGCAAAUUGUGAGCUACCAUGACUGAACUGCCGUGAGAGAAUAUGCCACCUUACAUAUUUCGUCAGUAUUCGCUUGUAAUUUUAAACAAAGUAUGUGAAUUAAAGAGUAAUUUGUUGUUUUCAUGUCUAGCUUCCAAUGUGGUUUCUCAACUAUCAUGAUCAAAAUCUCAUCCAGUAUUUGAACGUGACCAUACACCGUCUAAACCACACCUUGCCCAAAACAUGUCGACAGAGACUUCACAACAUACACUGUCGUCACCCAUGGUGCUCUGCAGAUGGUCAACAUAUUGUGAUCAAUUUCACUCGACAACAGUGUGAUAAGUACUUGGAAUGGUAAGUGAUGUAGGGUAUACGUCACAUGGUCAUAUUACAUCAUUUCUUCCUUAUGACAUACUGUGUUAUGACGUCACAUGAUAUACACCAUGACUUGUUGUCACAUGACUUAUGAUGUCGCAUGACUAUGACGUCAUUUUUUGAAUAUUUUCAGUGCAAGAUUUGUUCCUGGAGAAGUGAAUGUGGAUGCUAUCUGUAUAUUGUUUCCAUCUUCCACUCUUACGUUGAUGUCAAGUCUAGCACUUGUUGUAACCGCCGUAAUUAUUCAUGGAUUCAUCAUUGUGUGA